CCCGAAGUGGAGUAGUGAAAGACAGGCCGAGGCGUGAUCUUCAAGCCCCUUGAUCCUGCCUCUCCUCGUGUGGGUCAGGGCAGCUUCGGAAACUCUCCACCUCUCACAAUCCGAGUCACCACACGGUUAUCAGGAGUCCAGCGCAGACGGCCCGCAAUUGCAAGCAAGACUCCUGCAGCAUGCAGCCUGCAUCAGCACCACCACCACCAUCAGCUCCAAAGCUACGGACUGCCAACUUGCCAACCUGCCAAGCGAACACAAUCCAGCUUGGAUGAGGGGUCGUUCAGUGGCAGAGGUGGGUGAAGAAGACAACAGCAGGAAUAAUAUAAUGGGCCCGGGCAAACGACAAUUAUCGACGGCUCUGUGCAUCCCGAGCGUUCCUGUCCUGCAAGCAAGCAAGCAAGCAACCCCCGUUCCGCUACCGAAAAACCAGUAACCCACCACAGGGAGUUUGCACGAACAGCUGCUGGGAUGGAUGUGGUGCAAUCUGUGCGGCCGCUCCCUUUCAACGGUGUCGUGCUGUCUGUUGCUUUUGCUCAGGGUACCUCCAUACACUUUCGUAUGUUCGAGUCAAGGCCUCCUGGUGAUUCACUACCGCUCUAAAAAGGCCGGUCAACCCACUUCGAAAGUCAAAAUCGAGGAAGAAACUCGUUGGAACAAGAUCGCUCUUGGCUGGUCCCUUCUUACCAACAACUGAGCCUCGGCAGUUUCUGGACCUGAGGCCCGUUCGUUUGUACAGAAGAUGAGCUGAUGUUGCACUAGAGUAGUUCUCACAGCUUGUAGGAGAGAUUCCAUUGGUAUUCUUUGGCUGUCCGUGGUAUACCCCGCGUAUCCUGGUAUUGUAAUGCGAUGAUGAAAAGGUGGUGCAAAUCAUUUCAUCUUCCAACAUUCGAAAGAACCUUCCAUUUCCACCGGGGCGGCAGGGAUGUAUGCGGGAGAACGUUGCCAUUGUUGUUCCAUGCAUAACAAACUGCCUCCACGAGCCAUGGUGCGGAAGGCCGCAGCAAGAGACGGGAAGCUUGAGAGAGGA